AUGAAAUAUAUAGUUUUAAUUAUUUGUUUAAUAUUAUUUGUAAAUAACAUAUCAUCGGAAUACAUUGCAAGUGAUUCCGAUGUACAAGAUGUAUUCAAAGCUUGGGCAGCUGCAUACAAGAAAUCCUACACCAGUGAGGAAUUCCAAACAGCUUUUCAAACCUGGAAAGUCAAUUUCAAUAAGGUCGUCUCUCACAAUUCCAAGUUUAACCAACUUCCAGAUGUAAUUGUGACCCAAAACCCAGAGUCUAAUUCUGCAAUUGAUUUUGUUACUCAAGAGCAAAUUAAUCCGUUAGUUAGUUUUGCUUCUGCUCCCACUGUCACCCUUCCAAAAUCUAAUGUUCAAAUGUUAUCCUUAAAUUAUUAUGCUGAUAUAUCAUAUUCAGAUUUUGUUUCUAAAUUUACUGGAGGAAUUCCUCCAGAAACAUCUGCUGCUUCUUCUGCUGUCUUAUCAGUUGGUGCCAUCGUUGGAAUUGCAGUAGGUGGAGGUGUUGCAGUAGCCGCUAUUACAGUGGGAAUUGUAGUAGCAAUCAAAAAGAAGAGAUCCAAAAAGACCAUUCAUGUAACCAAUGCCAAUUCAAAAAGUGAUCAAAUUUCUAGUCCAGUAGCAGUUCCUCCUGGAAGUACCAAUAUCUUUCACUUAGAACCCCCCCAUCAUUCAAUUACUGCCAGACUUUUUGAAGUUAAAAAAUAA